AAACCAUUCACCGCAAUAGGGCCAAUUUACUUCGAGUACGGUUCACUUGUGAUCACCUUUAAUACACCAAAAGCAGCUACAGCUGCAGUACAACGCCUUCAAAAUGCUAUCUACGAAGACAAGAAACUUAUAGUCCUAUGUCUUCCCAAUGUGCAGCCCCAUAUGCUACCGCCUGAUUCCGAACCAUUACUGGUACUUGUCAAUGUGAAAAGUGGUGGAUGCCAAGGAACAGAACUUAUUCAAUCCUUUCGUAAACUUCUUAACCCAUUUCAAGUAUUUGAUGUACUCAAAGGUGGACCACUUGUUGGGCUGUACGUGUUCCGGAACAUUCCAAAGUACAAAAUCCUUGCAUGUGGCGGUGAUGGUACGAUAGGAUGGGUGUUGCAAUGCCUGGAUAUCGCUAAACAGGUCGAUGGACGUCCUAUUGAAUUGCCGAACAUUGAGGGUAUAGUUGUUCUGAAUUUGUUGAGUUGGGGUAGUGGUGCUAAUCCAUGGGGUACUGCUAAAGAAGAAAGCCCAUUCCAAAAGCCGACACACUACGACGGUCUUCUGGAGGUGGUUGGCAUUUCCGACGUAUCACGCUUGGGUCUCAUUCAAUCGAAGCUGGCCGCUGGUACCCGUAUUGCUCAAGGAGGAAGUAUUCGCAUAACUACACAUGAAGAAUGGCCAGUGCAGGUAGACGGUGAACCCCAUAUACAGCCCCCGGGUACUAUUACCAUACUGAAAUCCGCAUUAAAGGCGCAAAUGCUCAAGAAAGCGAAGAAAAGUCGGCGUGGCGCGACAUCGUCGCAAGUGCGAGCGGUCGCCAGCGAAGGUUCACCAUGUGGUCCAUUGGGUGUACCAUCGUCGUUGGAUGCCGCUCAUGGCAAAUCGACACCCGAAGCGCUUGGUGACUCGGACGAGGAGGGUGACGCAUUCCUCUGA